GUCACUGUUGAGAGAGCUCGUGAACGAUCACCGCGAAGAGAAGGACCGGCGACGUGAAGAGGAAAAUCGGAAGUUGCGUGAAGAACGAGCCAGGAUCGCGAUGGAGGAAGAAAAGAAGAAACUGGAGGCAUAAGAGGCACGCCAAACAGAGAAGGAGGCGCGAAUGUCCAGGAUCAUCAAUUCCAAGAUAGAGGAACUGGACAAGCAGCAUCAGGCUAGGACAGAGGAAGAAAGUCGAAAGAUAUGGAAAGAAAUCGAGAAGGUGGUUGACGGAUCAAACAAUCGGAGGGAAGGUAAAGAACCGGUCGAGGAGCCGUCUGAGAAUCGAAAGCGAACCCAAGACAAGAUUGAGGGGUCUCCUCCGAUGGUCCCUGCGAAUGGCAAAGUGAAGAUUAGGGAUUCGAACAAGGCUGGAGGGGCUACGGCGUGUCACAAUGCACAGUUCAAUACGUUGGAUGUGGGCCUUCUGGCAAUGGAGAUGGACAAUGUCAAGAGGACACAAGACUUCCAGAAUGGUUUACUCCGUGGCAAUCGCUUUUCGUCCCGAUUGGCUGAUCUGUUUGCCUUUGUUGCUGGCAAGCACACACGUGCUCGAUCCGCUUCUCCUUCACACCGUGACAUGGUUAACGAACCUCUGGGGUUUGACAGGGUUAUCCCUGGUAAGAAGGCCGCCGUGGCAUCUGCGGGGAAGGAAGGAAGAGCCAAGUACGUAGAAGAUCUUAAGAAGGAGCUCAUUUCCAAGACCAAGUACCAGUGGGAAUCACUGUGCAAGGCCGACAAGAUCAAGUACUACAACAAAAAGCAAGUUUUUGCUGACCUUGCUGAAAUCAGGGCUCGUGUGGCUUACGACGAGGAGUCGGAGGAGGAGGGGCUCGAUGAUAUCGUGGAUGAUGCUCAAGAAGAGAAUCCCUCUUAAGAUCAGCCUGUGUACGGAGAUUUUUUGUACUUACCUCUCACCUACGUGCCAAGAACAG